GCUAUAAAGCCAAAACAUAACAGAAGGUGGCGGUAUUACACUAGCGGGGUGUACACAGCCGCAAAGAAGAAAGUGACUUCUUCUUCUUCUCCUUCUUCUUCUUCUUCUUCUCUUAAUGUCUUCAUUUUGGAAACGGUCUAGAAAGACUGACAUCUCGUUUUUCUUUUACCUUCUCGGUUUGUCUUUGUUUUUAAUCGUCUGUUUAGCGGUUUGUGUGUUGCAUAAUUCAAACAGUGAGAGAGCUGAGAAGCAGUUGAAGUCUAGGGGCCCUCAGACAGGAACGAUGUGGGACAAAACACUACAGUACUUCAGGAGCCGCAGCCUGCUUACAGGAAGCGACGCUGUCCAGCUCAAGUGGUCGCACGCAGUGAACAGCAGGAACGCGCUUGCUCAGGCUCUCAGCGGUCCCUCUCAUAUGAUUGAAGCUGAUGUCAUCAUGAGAGCUCAUGAUCCCAUGGAGCCAAUCAUGGCUCACCCACCUGACACAGAUAGUGACAUCACACUGAAAGAGUGGCUAGAGAAAGUCAAAAUGAACAGCAAAGGAAUAAAACUGGACUUUAAGAGCUUGGAGGCUGUGUCUCCAUCCCUGGCUCUGCUGGAGGACCUGCUGGCUGAGCCAGACCGUCCACUGUGGAUCAAUGCAGACGUCCUCAGUGGACCCAAUGGACGGACUGCACCUGUGGACUUCCAGGCUUUCCUCUCUCUUGUCUCAGGUCUUCCUGCUCAGACUGUGCUGUCUCUUGGCUGGACAACAGGAUGGACUGUGGGAACUAAUAACCCAGGUUACAGCUGGGACAUGGUGCAUGCCAUGGAGGAGAAGAGCAGAGAUCUGAAACAUCCUGUCACCUUCCCGGUUCGUGCUGCGCUGCUGGCUCUGUCCUUCUCCCAGCUAUCAUGGCUGCUGCAACAGUCAGACAGGUACACGCUCACAGUGUGGACAGGCCAACAUGAUGAAUUUGCUCCGCAGGACUUAAAGCUAUACAGAAAAAGUUUUGAUGUGAGCAGAAUCUAUUAUGACCUGCCGAACUCUCAAACAGCAGAACUCUUGGUGAUGUCAUGACUGAAGAUGCCCAACUGCCGUUUCCUAAACCUCACAACAAGACUGCCUGCUGCUCUGUACAGAUUGCUCACAUUAUAUGAAAUAAAAAUUACGGACAACACUGUAGUGUUGAAGGGCAAUCUAAAACAUUAGAUUGUUGUAGAAAGAAGCAUUAUUAAACUAGUUGCACAGGGACAUCUGUCGGUCUUUUUUCAUAGCAAAUCCUUUUUGCUCUGGAAAAGGUGUUGUGUGAUCCUGGGGGUAAAACUGGGUGUUUUUCAUUAAAAUUUAAAAAUGAAAAGGUUUUCCAGAGCACAGAGGAAGAACUAUUGCUGCUCAUUCUGGUUGCAUUCCCAUAAUUGAUAUGAAGAUGCUCUUAUCUUAUUCUAAGCUGAAGUUUUUCGUAAGCACUAACCCACCCACUACAUCUGCUCAGUAUUUUCUUUUUUUCUUUUGUUCUGAGUUGGGUAAAAUUCACAUUACAGUUAACGUUGUGUCAUGUUUUAUCAUGUAAUGCACUUUGAAAUUCCUGUUGCUGAAACGUACUGUACAAAUAAACUUUACUAAUAUGGAUGACAUCUGUAAAAGUGUUUAUGUAAAACUUUUUUUAUUUUUGUGAAUAAAACUUUUUUGAAUAGUGUCAGUUUAUCUGGCUGAACAAACCUUCUCAUAGUGAGCCUGGCUGCCAGAAUGUGAAGGUCACCAGAGAAGAUAAUGUUUUUCUGAGAGCAUAUAUUCUCAUUUGAAUUUUUGAAUGAUGCUGAAAGAUUUAUCUGGUUUGUGUCUUCUGUUAACAUGGAUGGUUUGUCCACAUAUGUUAUUGCAAGAUAAAAAGACUACUGUACUUUUUUAAAACUUGUGCUUGAAGAUUUGAAUGUCCCUUAAAGUCUUGACAUGCUUCUGUCAAACUUUGAAGUACAUUACCUGGGAUCAUGGAUAAAAUGUGGUUUAUUUUAGAGUAACUAUUUUAAUUGCAGACACUCAUGAAAUAAAUGGUGGUAGUUUUUCUCAUUUUGA